CUCCGUUACAGAUCAGAUAAUCACAGCAUACUGCCCGGACCGACUCUUGAACAAGCCGCACACCUUCUGAUUAAAAACAGCAGAGAGUUGUAUGUCUAGACAAGAUAGACAAACCUAGUCUGAUAGACAAUACCAAUUUUAAUCAACGUAGUUAGUUAAUGAGAAUUAUUCAAGAGAACAACAGUUUCCCCUCUGCAUCUGUCUAACGCAAAGUAAAAGCAAAUAUGACGUCUCGGAAGAAGGUUCUACUCAAGGUGAUCAUCCUUGGAGACUCAGGAGUUGGGAAGACCUCUCUCAUGAACCAAUAUGUGAAUAAGAAGUUCAGCAAUCAGUAUAAGGCCACAAUCGGUGCUGACUUUCUUACCAAAGAGGUGACGGUGGAUGACAGGCUUGUGACAAUGCAGAUCUGGGACACUGCAGGGCAGGAGAGAUUCCAGUCAUUGGGCGUUGCUUUCUAUCGAGGUGCAGACUGUUGUGUCCUUGUGUACGAUGUUACUGCUCCAAACACCUUCAAGACUCUUGACAGCUGGCGCGAUGAGUUCCUGAUUCAAGCCAGCCCCCGUGACCCAGAUAACUUUCCCUUUGUUGUGCUCGGCAACAAGAUUGACUUGGAGAACAGGCAGGUGACGACCAAGCGAGCCCAGGCGUGGUGUACGAGUAAGGCCAGUAUCCCAUAUUUCGAGACAAGUGCAAAGGAGGCCAUCAACGUUGAUCAAGCCUUCCAAACUAUUUGCCGAAAUGCUCUCAAACAGGAGUCAGAAGUGGAGACUUAUGAUUUCCCAGAUCAGAUCAAACUGAGGGAUGACAGACCAGCCUCCUCCAGUGAUGGCUGCAGCUGCUGAGGAAGGGAGGAAACAUGACAGAUAUACACAUUGUUUGAUUGAAGGGGGGAUUACAAGAAUGUACAUUCGUACCAUUUUGUCUUCACAUAUGCAAGAUCUCAGACGAAAAAUGCAAAAUCAUCCCCCCUACCCCCCGUUUUUCUCUUUGAAGUUCAUGUGGCAGGAACUGAAACAUCAGUUACAUCAAUAUCAGUAUUUUCUCCAAGACAACGUGCUUUGUAUUUGUCAAACAUUUAGUUUUUGAUACUCUCAUCAGUCCUGCAAUAAUGUAUGUUAUGUCGGGGAGACAUCCGAUGUAUUCUCCCUUAUCAACGUGCCUUCCAUUUCCUUGUGGUCUCUGUGCUAGCUCAUUGUGUUUGUUGUCAUGGUAGUCAUAACUAUAAUGGUUCCUCUUUAAAGAACUUGGUGUCACAUUUAUCUGCACUACUAUUGUAUUUCCUCUUCAAGGUGAAGAAUUAUGUACAGCAUAUUUGCAUGAACAGUGGAGAAGAAAUGGUAGACAGUUUUAAGCUGCUGAUCUGAAAUGAUGUAAAUUGUACAAAUGGGACUCAAGUGUGAUCAUGUGUGUGUGUGUGUGUGUGUGGGGGAGAGAGGAAACAAAGCUAUCACUAGUAAAUCCAAUAUGAUCAGCAGUGUAUGCUUUCUAAUAUGGAUAAUGCACCAGAGGCAAAUUCCUGUUAUCAUAUUGAUUGUUCCAAACUGGACAUCUUGUUUGAUGGGAGUUGAAAUAGCUUUUCCCAGUUUAAGAUGUUACACUUGCAGGCCAAAGCACAUCCUGCUAUCAUAGAUAAGGCAGCAUCUCUCUCUCACACAUGCAAUCUGACCUCUUAUGUUAUUUUUUUACCUUUGUAUAAUAUAUAUAUAAAUACAACUAUA